AUGUUGGCUUCCUCAGUGUGGUACACCCAACACAAAAGGUUGAGUCACCUGUUCUCCGUUUCAACAGGCUGCAAGGGUGCUUUCUAUGUUGCCAGCACCUGUUACUUGCUACAGGUAUCAAGCGGUGCAGUUUUUGGAAAUAAUAGCGCCAAAAUUAAGCGGCUAAGCCUAAAGAGGAGGCCCAGAGCUGCCGUCGGCGAUGCGGAAAAAGCACAAAGUGAGGUUUCAUCCAUCCAGUGGGCUUCAGCAGAGUCAUCUAACAGCGAUGACAUAAGACUACUGGGAAUGUCUUCUGCACCCAAGGGCCGACCUCCUCUUCCUCCCCCUCAUGGAUCCACCGCUGAUAAAAAUCAUCCCAGGAAUGAUGGACCUCCUGUCACUAGAUCUCCAUCUAUGCAAAAACAGAACGCAGUGUUGGAGAACCUCAACCUGGAGCAGGAGUUAACAAGCCACCUUCAGUCUGGUUCCCGCCGUCGACUGGCCAGCUUUGGAGGGGUGAGCUCACCUGGCUCGCUUUCUCGCUUUACCGGUCUGGGUGCUUAUAAUGACCCCAACAACAGUAGCAGACCGUCCAGCACAGGUAGCGAUAUGUACGGACACCUUGGCAGCAGGGGCAGCAUAGGUUGCCUCCAGGUGAGCCCGCAGAGCUCCGGACGAAGUACCCCGGUGACAAGUCCCCAGCAGCUGCAGAGUGUCCGGGAUCAGAUGGUGGUGGCUCUGCAGAAGCUGAAGGAGAUGGAGGAACAGGUAAAGAUGAUCCCUGUCCUCAAGGUGAAGAUCUUAGUACUUCAGGAGGAGAAGAAGAAGAUGGCCUCUCAACUCAAGAACCAAAAUAAGGACACAGAGACGAGUACCGACGAAGGGGUUGUCAUCAAGGAGAAGCAUAACUUCUCCGACCUCAGCCACCUAGGUGAUGAGAUGAAGGCUCUCGAAAGAGCCAUCGAGAGUGGACAUUUUCCAGCAUGGCAAGGAAAAAGCCACAUGAACGAUGGAGAUUCUGUAAAAGAAGAAGUGGAAAACAACACAGCACGUAACACAGAACUGGAAAAAGAGGUUGAAUCCCAGCAACAAAUGAUUGGCGCUUUAAAGGAGAAGAUACGUCACAUGGAGGCCGAGUUAAAGGAAUCUGCUCUCCAGGUGGAGAUGAGUCGUCUCAAACUGGAGCUUCAAGCUGCAGAAGCCAGAAACAGAGCUGAUAAAGCCUCCUCUGCCCACCCGUCCACGGCAAGCAGCAGUACCCAGGCCGGGCCCCAAACUGCCAGCCAGGGGGUGGGGAACCACAUCCAGCUCAGAGACGCCAGCACAGGUGACGUGAUAGAAGUGAAGAACGUGGCUGUGUCGUGUUGUGGGCCGGACUUGAAGAACAUAGGCUCUGGAUCCGAUCUACCCAUGAGCCGCUGGGAGGUCAGAGAGCGAGUGGAAACCAAGGACAUGGGUGCAGGAGUCCACAUUUCAACACGCUCUCAAGGAGUUGGAGUGGAGGUGAAGGUUUGUGAUGCAGAAAGCAACACAGAAGCAUCAUGGGAAAAUGCGCAGCCUAAGAUUUUAAAGUCAGUGGCAUGUGGCGAUUGUUCUGUUAAUGUCAUUGUCUGUGAAGCAAAGAUCAUGGUCUCUAAAGGUGUGGCCACGGAUCCAGUCAAAGGGCUCUCUCUUGGACUCACGGCGUCAUCACAGCGCAGCAACACCUCACUCAGCUCGGUGUCUCGCUUCACUAACACCAGACAUGCCUUCAACAUGGACUCCAGCACCAACACUGCCCUCAAAAGCCAAAACAAGCACACCAACACCUCCAAGGCCGCCACCACCAGGACGGUGUCCGUCGGCAACAGGCUCAAAGACAUCAAGGGCAUCCCAAAGACACGUACAGUUGCCGUGGGAACGAGCCCACUGGAGGGAUAUACCCCUAAACAAAAUACUCGAGACAUUGGUGUUGGGUUUGCUAGCAUUUACGAAAACUUCCUGGUGGGACUUAAAACCCAAAACAUGGCCUCUGGACCGUCCCAUUUGCCCGACCCAUUAAAGACGAGAAGUAUCGGUGUAGGGGAGGGCAGGAUACGGGAUCUGUCAGGUCCACACAGUCAAGAGGUUGCAUUGUCCCAGAAUAAUUCCGAGCUGGAUGAUUGCCUAGAAAAAACUCCAAGAGUCCUCAAUGAGCGUGGAAAUCCUCUCACGGAGGCAGGCUGGAUUCACCACAACAAGCAGGGGACUAACUCAACACUAUCAUCAGGUGGGGGCCAAGCAGGUGAAAAAGUCCAUCCAUUUGACGCAGGCAACACAGAUAGUCAAGCCCCGCCUAAGCUGCCGGCAGACUCUUCUAGUCGCGACCUGGCCGACUCUGGACUGACUUCGCAGGGCGGCUACGACUCGGAAGUGAAAAGAAUGAUACAGCUGUUGGAACAACAGACGUCAUCUGCUAUGAGAGAUGGAUCACAUGUGCAGAAGAAGAAGAAGGAAGGAGACCAAAGCUGCAGCAACAGCAGAAGAAACAUGAGAUUCAUGAAGGUGGACACUGGGUUGAACCCUGUGUCACGUGACAAAAAGGAGGCGGAGCGAGGGCCAAUCAGGAAGUCUCCUCAGGAUGUGGCACCGCCCAGACGGCUCAAGAGCGCCACCACUAAGGCAACCAAAGGCUCCCCAAAGUCCCAAAUCACCAAAAGGUACAAGUUCUCAGAGGGCAUGCUGUCAGCGUGCCACACCCUCAAGACACACCUGAAUGAGGGCAAGCGUUUACCCAGCAGAGAGUUGCGUGAGGUUCAGGAGGAGUGGAUGUCAGUGUCCAGUGGCAAGUGUGCGAGUGCAGACUUGGUAGAAGACUUCAUGUCCAACUUGAGGAUGAUCUCUGACCGGCUGCUGCGUCUUGUGGUCAACAUGGCCGACAGCAACGGCAACACAACUCUGCACUACAGCGUCUCACACGCCAACUUCCAGGUGGUGCACAAGUUGCUGGAGGGAGAGGUGUGUGAGAUGAACACACACAACAAGGCAGGCUACACAUCCAUCAUGCUGGCCUCCACACAAGAAGUAGAAGACAUGAAGGACAUGAAGGUGGUGGAACAUCUCUUUGACAGAGGAGACGUCAACGCUAAAGCUAGCCAGGCUGGUCAGACGGCGCUGAUGCUGGCGGUCAGUCACAGCCGUGUGGACAUGGUGCGAGCCCUCCUGGCCCGCGGGGCAAAGGUCAACCUUCAGGACGACGAGGGCUCCACGGCGCUGAUGUGUGCCAGCGAGCACGGACACACCGCCAUGGUCAAGUUGCUGCUGGACCAGCCCGACUGUGACCCCCUGCUGCAGGACAGCGACCAGAGCACCGCCUUGUCCAUCGCCAUGGAGACGGGCCAUCACGACAUUGCGGCGCUUCUGUACGCACGCACCAACUUCUCCAGAGGACUCAAUGAGGUAGGUGACUGA